AUGUCUCGCUGGGGCGAAGAGAAGACUUUGAAAUUUGUCAUUCUUUAUCGGAACAACGAAUGCUUAUGGAAUCCUCGCUCACCACAAUAUAAAUACAAUGUUUCGAGAAAUAAUGCAUACCAGGAUUUAAUAAGCAACAUGGACGACCCCACUUUAACUCUGAAAACUAUAAAAACCAAAAUAAAAAACUUGAGGUCUGCUUACCAUACUGAAUUAAAGAAAAUUGAAAGUUCUAAAAGAUCAGGUUCUGGUACCGCUACCGUAUACAAUCCAUCCGCAACCUGGUUUCACGAACUACAUGCGUUCCUUCGAGACAGUGGCGAGUACAGGGAACCUAUUUCUAUGGAAGUGACAAACAUGGCUACUAACAAAAAGGAACGCGAAAUUGAGGAAAUGCUUCGCAUGUUGGAAAACGGAGAGCUAUCUGAGGACGAGACGUAG